AUGGAAAGAGGCCAAAGCAAAGGCAAAGCUAAAGAAGAGGGACAGAGAGAUAUGAGGUAUAGAGGUGUGAGAACAAGGCCGUGGGGGAAAUUCGCAGCCGAAAUACACGAUUCGACGAGGCAGGGAGGUUGGUUGUGGCUUGGCACCUUCAAUACUGCUGAAGAAGCUGCAAGGGCUUAUGAUAGAGCUGCUUUUUCCAUGAGGGGUCCUCUUGCAAUUCUCAAUUGUCCAAGUGAACAUGGUUUGAAAGAUGCACGUCACUCUGCUGUUACUACUUCCUCGUCAUCUUCUUCGUCUUCAUCUUCUUUUUCAUCGUCUUUGAGAAUCCAUAAUGCGACCAGGACAGAAUUCGGAAGAGAAAUCUUCGAGUUUGAGUGUUUAGAUGAUAGUGUUUUAGAGGACCUUCUUGAUUUUGAGAAUAAUAGCAAAACCCCUGUGUUUCUUUGUUCCGCCGGCGGUGUGGGAUUUGAGCCGUUUAGAUGA